CAGCCCUCCUCUCUGUCUCCUGCCCAUCCCAGAGGCUGCUCCCCACAGGGUGGGCACUGGGUAGGCUGCCAGGGCAGGAGGUACCCCCUGUUCUUGGCACAAGCCUGGCUGGGAAAAUCGACCCCAGGAGGGUGGAGGCUGGAGGCUGCACCAGGCUCUCCUUUCCCCAGGUUGGGCCACUGCCCAACCUGCAGAAAGGCCCCUGGGAGGGACCUACCCUACUCCACCCCCCAUAAAAGGACCCCAGGGCCCCGCCUGGGUCAGUGUCCUGGCCACAGCAGUAUCGUCAUGUGCAGAUCGGUGAGCCUGGAAGCUCUUGUCCUCCUGGGGGUGGCUGUGUGUGUGGCGCAGCCCCGCGGUCGAAUCCUGGGCGGCCGGGAGGCGGAGGCCCAUGCGCGGCCCUACAUGGCUUCGGUGCAGGUGAACGGCAAACACCUGUGUGGCGGCGUUCUGAUUGCGGAGCAGUGGGUGCUGAGCGCAGCGCACUGCUUGGACGACUCGGGCGACGGGAAGGUGCAGGUGCUCCUGGGCGCGCACUCGCUGUCGCGGCCCGAGCCCUUCAAGCGCCUGUACGACGUGCUUCGCGAAGUACCCCACCCGGACAGCCAGCCUGCCACCAUCGAUCACGAUCUCCUCCUGCUGCAGUUGUCGGAGAAGGCAGUGCUCAGCCCCGCGGUGCGCCCACUGCCCUGGCAACGGGAGGACCGCGAGGUGGCGCCGGGUACGCUCUGCGACGUAGCGGGCUGGGGCGUAGUCAACCACGCGGGCCGCCGACCCGACCGCCUGCAGCACGUGCUCCUGCCAGUGCUUGACCGCGCCACCUGCAACCAGCGUACCUAUCACGACGGCGCCAUCACCCAGCGCAUGAUGUGCGCGGAGAGCAACCGCCGCGACAGCUGCAAGGGAGACUCCGGCGGCCCGCUAGUGUGCGGGGGCGUGGUCGAGGGCAUAGUCACAUCGGGCUCGCGAGUCUGCGGUAACCGCAAGAAGCCAGGGAUCUACACCCGCGUGGCGAGUUAUGCGGCCUGGAUCGACAGCGUCAUGGCCCAGGGCGCAGAGGCCUGAGCUGAACCAGCAAGUCCGGGGCACUUGGGGCACGACAAUAAAGGCAUUCAAUUUGUGUCCGUCUGAGCACCUGCUGCAUGUGGGGCCCCGAGCGGAGCGUGCUAGGUCGAAAGUAAGCUGUGGAUCGGCGCCCCUGGGGGUCCUUGGCAAGAGCUCACAGACUCGGACACCUUUAAGAAGCUGAGAGCCAGGUGUCGUUUCGAGCUCGGCCACACGGCGGUGUCCUUGAUCUUCCCUGGAAGUUUAGGUUCCAGCAAGGGGACCACUCUCUGUGAGGUAGUGUUUCCCUUUUCCCCCAGCUUCCUGGUGGAGCUUGCGCCCAAGACCCUGCUCUGGUCUGAGAUGGCGGUGCACAGACCCUCUGGGGUUGUGGCCUAUAGCCUGGGUCCCAGAAGGGAAAGCUAAAGCCCACAGGGGCCGCGUGACUCUCCUGGGUCAUGCUGAAGCUCCAGGACACAGCCU